GUAGUCUGGAGAAAGAGUGACUCGAAGACACAGCUGCUUUCUUCCCUCGUUGUCCACACGUCUUUGCAAGGAAAGCGCUUGGAACAAGAACAAAGUAUGGCUGCUGAGCACCUACGAUUUCUUCUAGCGUUGUUCAUCUGCGCCUUAUCCGGAGACGCUGCCAAUGUCGGCUCGGUGAAAUAUGGUGCCCUACCGGGUGGCGGAGAGUACGUGGUCUCGUGCCCAGUGUAUCAGUUUGAUCAUGGAUUUUUCCCAGCAACACACGCAGAGUUAUCUGCACAACCAGUGUGUAGCCUCGGAUACAGUGCUGUUCCGAACAAGGAAGCACAAUGUGCCAAUGAAUUCAAUGGCUGGAACAUCCCACAGGGACUAAUUUGCCAACUUGGUCCUGGAACAGAAGACACCGCCACGUGCGCUUUGUACGAAGUCCAGAAUGGCCAUUUUCCGGCUACACGCUCAGGAUCGUCUGCAGAGGUUAUGUGUGAUAGUGGAUACAGUAUUGUCACGUACGACAAGGCAACUUGCACCGAUAAUGGCUGGACCAUCCCACAGGGACAAGCGUGCCAGAGUAUUAACAGCGCAGUGACACGUCAUGUUGGUCCCGAUGGUACCAGCACAGUGUUUCAAUGCCUGAAAAUCAGACUCGAGAGUGCAUAUUUUCAAGCCGCAUACAGUGGACAUUACACAACAGCAGUGUGCACCGCUGGUACGGUAACUCUUCCCAACAAACUGGCCUACUGUGAUCCGACAACUGGCUGGACAUUGCCUGAAAUGCCCAUGUGCACCCAUACCACUUGCGCCAUUUUGAACGGCGUGGCCGUCAUGCCCAUAAGUGUCACCUUCAAGGUUGCCAAUGAAACCUGCUUGGAACGCGGCAUGCGGUUGCCUGAUAGGCUUGCGACCGCACAACCGUGUGAGCUAGGGUAUCAAUUCUUCCUGUAA